AUGGGGAAGAAAAAGCAAAAGGUAGUAUUGCCACCGGAGCUUCCACCGGAAGUUCUGGACAAAGAUAUUGAAGUUUCUGAUGAGGACUUGCAAUUUGUCAACCAAAAUUUGGACUAUGCAGGAUUCGUAUCGAAUUUGGACACUCAUUCAAUUACAAAGCACGUUACGCGAGUGGCGGAUGUGAAAGAGGAUGCUUUGGAGUCAUUGUACGAGAAAAGGUUAAGAAAGAAACAGCCAAAUAAGAAAAUAGAGGAAAACGCAAUUGAGGUUGAUCCUGUUGAUGCGCUACCUGUAAAAACCUUAGAUGGAAAACUCUACUAUAGAACAGUGCCCAGGGAGAUUAAAAAAGUUGAAAGUGAGUCUAAUGAAGGUGAUGCCACCGGACAUGACAUGGGUUUGGCGAAGUUGACAAAAGCAGAAAAGCGAGCCAAGCUUAAGAAAUCAAGGAAAGAGGCAAAGAAACAAGCGAAAGAGGAAGUGCAACAAACUCCUCAAGCAGAUGUUUUGGAUGAGGUGAAAAAUGAUCUAACAGCUGAAGAAGCCAAUGAGAGCAAGAAGUAUAAACUUGCUGAGCUAGGAAUGGCGCUGCUUGCAGAUCCAGAAUCAAACAUUAAGUCUCUAAGGGAGAUGCUGGAGAUUUCUAAAGAUGGAAACAGAGCAAUAGUCGUACUUGGUCUAAAGUCUUUGCUUGCUGUUUUCAAAGACAUAGUUCCAGGCUACCGGAUCAGGCUGCCAACGGAAAAGGAGCAAGAAAUGAAAGUUUCCAAGGAAGUUAAAAAAAUGCGCCUCUAUGAGUCCACCCUCUUGUCUUCAUACAAGGCCUAUGUCCAGAGGUUGAUAGCAAUAGAACAGCAGACUAUCUAUAAGCGAGUGUCUGUUCGGUGUAUAUGUACUCUGCUUUCAGCAGUUCCCCACUUCAACUUCCGUGAAAACUUGUUGGCUGCUGUAGUAAGAAACAUAAGCUCCCAAGAUGAUGUUGUCAGAAAUCUCUGUUGUGCUACUGUUAAGUCACUCUUUAUCAAUGAGGGGAAACAUGGUGGCGAGGCUACUGUAGAGGCUGUUCAAAUGAUUGCUGAACUUGUAAAAACUAGUGAUUGCCAACUACAUCCUGACUCUGUUCAAGUCUUUUUGUCUCUAUCAUUUGAUGAGGAUCUUGGAAAACCUCAUGUUGCCGAUGUGGAUGGUAAAAGCAAAAACAAAAAGUCUAAGAAGAGAAAGGGUUUUGAAGAGCCAAAUCACUUGCCAGAUAAUGGGAAGAAGAAAACUAGGCAAGAGAUGAUGACAAGGACAAGAGACGAGGUUAAUGCAGACUUCAAGGCUGCUUCGUUCACCCAAGAUCUUUCAGAGCGGAGAAGGAUGCAGUCUCAGACUCUUUCAGCUGUAUUUCAAACAUUCUUCCGUAUCUUAAAGCAUACAAUGCACCCGACAUCAGAAGCCAGUUCCUUACUUGGUGCAUCUGGGAGCCACCCCUUACUUGCACCAUGUUUGAAUGGAAUUGGAAAGUUUUCUCACCUAAUUGACUUGGAUUUUAUGGCCGACCUCAUGAAUUAUCUGAGGAAGCUUGCUGGAAAGAGCAGCAAGUCGGGGGAUUUAUCCGAGAAUUCUUCAAACUAUCUAACAGUAUCUGAACGGUUGCUGUGCUGCAUUGUUGCUUUUAAAGUGAUGAAGAACAAUCUGGAUGCUCUAAAUGUUGAUUUACAGGAUUUCUUUGUCCAGUUUUACACUCUAAUUCUGGAGUACCGGCCCGGAAGGGAUCAGGGUGAGAUAUUAGCUGAAGCUCUGAAGAUAAUGCUGUGUGAUGAUAGACAACAUGAUAUGCAAAGGGCUGCUGCAUUCAUAAAACGUUUAGCCACGUUCUCACUGUGCUUUGGGUCGGCCGAGUCCAUGGCUGCUCUAGUUACCGUAAAGCAUCUUCUCCAGAAGAAUGUGAAAUGCCGUAAUCUUUUGGAAAAUGAUGCUGGAGGUGGUUCUUUUGCUGGAGCAAUUGUGAAAUAUCAGCCAUAUGCUUCAGACCCUAACCUUAGUGGUGCACUAGCUUCAGUUCUUUGGGAGCUGAACCUUCUAACAAAACAUUAUAAUCCAGCGAUUUCUACUAUGGCUUCUGGUAUUUCGACCAUGGGCUGCGCAAAUAAUCAGGUUUAUCAUUCCAUCGUCUCACCCCAACAAGCUUUUAAGGAAUCCUCACUGGAGCAGGAGUCGAUUGUUCCAUCAGGUGGUAUAAAAAUAUCAAACAAAAAAAGAAAGCCUGGAAAGGACAAACUCUCUUCUGUUAAAGUUCGGCCAGAUGUAAAUAUGAAGCACCAAUCUGACGAGAAUGAGGUUAGAAAGAAACUUACCGAGCAUUUUUUGCUACUUCGUGAUAUUACAGAGAACCAGAGAUUAAGGGGUGAAUUGGAGCGAACAACUUUGUCAUUGAACCUCUACGAACAGUAUAAAAAGCAGAAAAAGCAGAAGAGGAAGACAAAGAUGGCUUAA